GCCAUCGCUCCUCCAGGCCGCAGGGGGCGGUGUGACACCUCCAGGCGGCCCCGCAGCGCUGAACGAGCAGAGGUGAAAGUUCGCGCUGUCGGCAGCUGUGCUGGGAAAGCGCACGACUUGAGAGUGAAAUAUGGACGAAAAUGAGGAUUUUGCCGUUUCUUUACAAGACAGCAAGGCCGCAUACGUACUCAGCAAUGUCGCCGAGGUGGUUGAGCGAAUCCUGACCUUCGUACCGACCAAGUCGCUUUUCCGGAUCGCAAGUGUGUGCAGGUUGUGGAGAAACUGUGCCCGUCGGGUGCUGAGGACUCAGCAGCAGCUGACCUGGGUGUCAGCUACUGGACCGUCCAACACCGAGGUCCAUGCCCUCUGCAGCAUCCUGGCUGAGGAGGUGGAGAAAGUGUUUCUCCUGCCCAAAACUGUUCUGGCAAUGGUAGACUGCGAGGCCUUCAAUGGACAGGCUUACUGCUACAGAGAGAAUAAAGCAAAAAGGAGUCGCCACAGUCCUGACACCGUUGAAGAACUGAACCUGCUCUUCCCCAAAGGCUGUGACAUCAUGGGCAUCGCAACACCGGGCAUCGUCUUAACUCCCAGUGGCUCCUCCUCCAGCCCUCCCCAGGAGUACCAGGAGGGGGAGGCUGGCUUUGCGAUCAUGUUCCCCAGCAUGGACGGUGUCCACAUCAAGCCCUUUCAUUUCUGCAAAAAGUCCAUCUCCCCAACAGCCCUGAAAGAAGCAGGACUUGUUGACAACCCAGAGCUUCGUGUUGUACUGAUAUUUGUCUAUGAGGCUUAUAAAUCUGGAGGAGCACGCUUCCUCAGCCAGAUACUGGAGCCGCUGGCUAAGAGCAAAGCUCUCAUCGCUGGAGGGCUGGUAGAAAGUGUCUUCUCUCCCACCAGACACUGCUGUAGCCAGGGUGCGUAUGGAGUGGUGGGUCUGGCCCUGAGCGGCCCCAAGGUGCAGGGGGCCUCUGUGCUCCUGGACCAAGACAUCAGCAACCCAAAGGCAGCCGAGGCCACGAUUCGGCGGCUAAAGGCGGCCAAGAUUCCCGAGAGGAACACCCUUGGAUUCAUGUUCGCCUGCGUGGGGAGAGGCCAGAACUACUACAACAACCAGACCAACGUAGAGGCCGACGCCUUCCGCAAAGUGUUCCCCAACACCCCGCUCUUCGGCCUGUUCGGCAACGGCGAGAUCGGCUGCGACCGAAUCAUCAAAGACGACUACACGCUGUGCGACACUGACACGGACAGUCUGCAGCACGAGUACACUACAGUCAUGACCCUGGUGCAUCUAGGCUGACCGACUGACCCGCAGUGACAAUAGACACACAGGACGACCUGUCACGCUCCUGUUUGUCUCAGCAGUUGGGAACAAGAAAACAUUCUGUACAGCGUAACUCACAUUACGACUCAGAAUGUCGCCGUCAUCAUUCCUGCUCAUAAAGUAGGAAAAUGGUCCCUGUAGCCAUCAGUGUAAUGGCAUCGUUUGGGAAACUGUGUCCCGCCCCGGACGCUGUGUGUAAACACAGUUUCUUAUCAAAACCAGUGAGUUUCACAAAGUUCAGAUUUAAAAAGAUGAAGCGAUCGCCUCUUUUUACGUUCAAAUGUGAUUGAGCACUCUUGUUAAAUAUAUGUGUUUAUAUUUCCCCACACUUUCAAGGCAUAUCUUACCCUCUGACAUUAACCUCAUGGUCUGUUCGCUUUGCAGGUGAGUAAAUUAUAUACUCUUGUGUGUCCCACAAGCUUUUUGUUGUAGUUGUUGAUCCAGCGCAGGCACUUUUUAUUCUCGUAAGUAAGAGGAGUGUUGUCCCUCUUCCACAAAAUCAAGGUGAUCUUGAUUUGAAUUCUCUUCCUUGUGAUGUAGAUUUUACACUCAUGGUUUUUACACUUUUGUCUUACCAAUGGAAAAAAUAAUAAACCAUGUUAGCCUACAAAUUAAUACUUUUUUUUUUUGCAAGAUAUCUAUGUACCGUGGCUCUAGGUACCAGGAACGCAGUCAGGAUUUUACAGUGCCUCUUCUUUUUCUUUUUUUUGUCCGCUACAGGUCAUAUCUCCUAUUACUUGCGUCCAACUGUUAAUAGUUGGGCCAAAUGGUCACUUAAUUUAGCUUCUGCAGUUUAAAAGAAAGCUUCAUUUGCAAAAAAAAAACAAACAGAACAGGACUGUCCUGUUGGCUGACUUCACUUUACUUGUGGCUCUCCUACAAUUAUUUAGGAAAUAGUGGUUAGAAAAUGAAGAUAAACUGUUACAGGUCUGGAAAAAUAUGUGAUUGAGUUGGUGGAGAUGAUGUUAAUAUGGCAUCAUGUGCUAAAAAAAAAUAAAAAAUAAACAUGUUAAAGUUUAUAAGUUAAUGUUUCUUAUAAAUCUUGAUAGUAUAGUCUGAGACUACCUACCUAGUUGUGCGUCUGGAAAAAAAAAGGCAAAAUGAAAAGAUCAUAGAAUAUUCCUCUGUCAGAAUCCAGUAACACGUCCUGUCACUGAUCGAUGUCGAGAACAUCCUGCAGACACAAAGGUGCAGUAACACGACUGCUGAUUGUUAUUUGCUGUUACGUGUUAAAGUUGAGCUUUUGCAAACAUGCUGCAGCAAUAACUGUUGCAAGAAUGGAUGUUCCAGUAUUUCCCCCCCCUUUUUUUUCUCCAAAUACACAGAGCUGGCCUAGUUUUUGAAGAGAUCAUUCAACUGUAUUAAGUUAGUGUUUAUGGCUGAUUCAAACAAAGUUCUGGUGUUGAUGCACUUUUUUUUUUCUACAUGUGCCAAAUCAUUUCUGUACUGCUCUCUUUUUUGUUUUCCCUCCUCUCAAUAAAUGACAGAAAUUCAGUCUGAA